GAGUCAAGCGAGAAGUCAACAAAAAAUUUCACCGCAUGCGGAAAAUAUAUUUAUUUCUGUGUAAUUAACUGAAUAAAUACCAUAAACCUUAACGUGAUUCUAAAGAAUACAUUAAAAAUGGUUCGUGUAAUAACUCAGGAGACGUACGAUGAAGUAGUACAGGAGAAUAUAGACGAAUUUGAAAUGACUCCUGAAGAGGCUAUAAAAGAAGCUGUAGCUCAAUUUGAAGCUCAAGGAGUAGAUCUAUCAAACAUUAUCAAAGACCUUGCUCUCAACUCAGGGGACGGCCAAGGAGUAUCCAGCAUUGUCAGUAAGCUGAAAGAGCUGUGCAGUCGGAUUGAGUCUGAUGAUGAAGCCAUUUUGAAAGAACUAGAAGCCCUGAAGGUAGAAUGUAAUAAAGACAUAGCGCGUAGAGUGAAAGCUGGAAAAGAUGGUGCCUACAAUAUUCUAACUGGUUUACUUGAGUCUCGAUUUAAAAGUUACGUACAAAAAUCAAAUGAAAAGGAUGAUAAAAUAAUUAUAUCAACAUUAAAUUCAUUAAUAGCACUGAUGGACGUACAGCCUGACCUACUGGAUGAGAAAGGGGCUGAUUUGAUUAAAAGUAUACUGGAUAAGAUAGACGAUGGGCCCAUAUUAAUAUCAGCUCUGAAGUGGACCAGUGUGUGCUGUGUCAAACACGAAAUGAAUCGACAGAGACUGUUCGCUAAGAAUAUCGGUGACAAUUUGAAGUUGCUGCUCAAUGCUCGGAAGAAUAUAAGGGUUGUAAGUGAAGCUAUGUCAGUCAUACGAAAAUUCACCUUGGAUGAUGAUGUUAGAGUCGAAUUUGGCAAAGCUCAUGAGCACGCCAAAGAGUUGGGCGCCAAACUACUAGACCCACUCACACAGUUCCUUAAAGAGCACCCCGUCCCACCAGUGGUGUCAGAAACGAUGUUAACAAUGGCGGCUCUCCUGGUGCGUCAUGAACUGUGCGCGAUGGCUGCCGACGCGGGCGCAGACGAGGCUCUGUUCGCCAUCUUGGCUGCCAAUUUUGAUUGUGUGCUGGUCAUUGUUCAAGCUAGCAAACUAAUAACGGCGUUGGCGGGCAACGACGAGGUCAAGAGACAACUGAUGAAGGCCGGCAUUGCUCCCAUCCUUGUCACGUUGCUGAAUAGGCAUUCGAGCAACCCCACCGCAGCGGCGUUAAUACUAAAGUGCAUAUCCGCGCUAACGUUACGCGAGCCGUCGCACAGUCAGCAGUUCUUCGAUAGUGGCGCACCAGAAGUCAUGAUAGAAGCCAUAAAGAAUCACCCCACCGAUGCUAGCGUGCAGAAAAACGGCUGCUGGGCGAUUCGCAAUAUGGUCGCCAGGUGUCGCGAUCAAAACCCUAAGUUCCACGAGUUGGGAGUGGAAAGCCUUCUCAACGAAGCCUACGAUCGGUUCUCUAAAGAUUUCGGAUUCGAUAUCAAGUCCGCGCUCAGAGAUCUUGAGUGUGACGUCAAAUUGGAUGAGCAGUGGAAGGGAAAAGGGGUCCAGAUGGAGAACAAUUAAAGUAUGACGAAAGGAGGGAGGCAGGGGGAAAUUGUAAACCUACAUUUUGUUGGGUGUCUAAAGUGGGGGAAACCUACCUUACAAAUACAAUUUGCCCCCAAUCCUGAAUCAAACAGCCUCUCUAGGCUAGAAGCUGGUCGCUUGUCAAGCUUAACACUGAGACCUUAUGCAGUUACGGGACUAUUCCCACCUCUCGUUCCCACCGCUGCAACUCCUGUGUAGCCAGGGUCUUACAGCUUGACCGCCAAUAAAACCCAACCAGUGAAGGUCAAGUUUGUCCCGGGGGAAAGUUAAACUGUCAUUGGACCCGCAACGAAAUAAUGUGCAUAUAAAACCUUGUGCAGUUGCAAUUGGGUCUAUUUCAAUACUCAAAUGUUUUCACAAUGCACAAGAAACCCCAAUCUAAAAAUGGCUUUUUUUGGCUAAUAUUAAAAGUACAGUUUAUUAUGUUCUACAUUUAUCACAUUCCUGAGUCGCUAUCACACUAAGUUUAAAUCUAACAAACACUACUUGCAAUGAAAUAAAAUGUAUAGUAUGCAAAUUAUAAAACUACAAUGUGAUAAUUUUGUUUAAUACUUUUAGGGCUAAUUUUUCAAUCGACGGAUAACUUUUAACUGAAGAAUAAGUUUGUCACAUUGACAGUUUCAGUAUAGGCAAUGUGUCAAAAUGACACACAUUCGCAAUGUGUCAAAAUGACACAUUGCCUAUACUGAAACUGUCAAUGUGACAAACUUAUUCUUCAGUUAAAAGUUAUCCGACGAUUGAAAAAUCGGCCCUUAGUAAAUAUUUAUCGGUGCUUCUAACAAAUAAAACCUCAAUUUUAAUUACAAAAUUAUUUAUUGAUUUCAAUAAAACAUUUUUUAAAUCAUUUUUUUCCAUUAAUUAUCCAUUUGCGGACGAAUUAUGACAAUUAUUAGAGAUAACAUUUUAAUUAUUUAGAUUUACAUUUUAAUCAUAACAUUGAAACAUUGAAUCCUGUAUUUAUUAUUAUUUAAAACAUUACAAGUCGCAAAAUUAUUACUUGCACAAAAUUAUAGUCUCCACAUUCAAUAUUUGAAUUAUUUUAAAAUUUAAAAUCAAUGGCACAUUACAAAGAGAGUGUUGCCUGAAUGUUUAGUUAACUGGCAACAUUAAAACUACGAUUUGUUCGGUGGCAAUACUAAUAUAAUACUAUCUGUACGUUUGUUACGAAAUUAUAGAUAGAAACUAUUACAAAACAUCGUAUUUCUAAUCAGGACAAUUUAUGUGACCUUAUAUUUAUUUAUUUCUAAUAAUCAUAUUGCAAUGUAGCAAUAUUGAAUUGAAAUUAAGUAUACCAACAUAAUAACAAUUAAAAUCGAGUAAAACUAACGAAUAGCCGUUAUCCUAAUACAAACUAAAAUAACAAAUUACCAAAAGAACAACAACUUUUGUACCACAAUCAAAGGUGCGGAAUACUCGUAGUAUUAUCACACAUACCGUUUUGGCCUUAAUUACUUUAAAAAUAAGAAACAUUACUAAAAUUACAUUAAAAUAAUGUAAGUACGACCACGAUAUCUUAAUAUUAAAGAGAGACAUGUCGUAAAUUAUAAACACAGAGAAUUUGUCAAA